GGCCUGCAGACGCGCUCUGCUCUGCUGCAGCCUUGUGACGUCACGGAGGGCUGGAGCGCUUCCUUGCUCCGGAGCGGAGAGAGGAGGGAAAAAAAAAAAAAAAAGGGGGCACAAGAUUUGUUGCGAGGCAGUGGUGUAACAAAUGAAGGACCGAGUGAAAGUCGCCUCCACCAUCGUACACAAGAUCUGACUUCGUCCUGCUUGGCAACCGGAACUGCAACCAUGAGGAGACCUGAUGGGUACUUGAACUUCGUACCCUACCGGCGCCACCGUCCGGUCGCGUGAGCGCCCCCCUCUCCCUCCGGCAGUUACUGCGCGGAAUGGCCUCUCUGGACCUUCCAUACCGUUGUCCUCGCUGUGGGGAGCACAAGCGCUUCCGAAGCCUGUCGUCCUUGCGUGCCCAUCUGGAGUACAACCACACGUACGAGACCCUGUACGUUCUCUCCAAAUCCAACAGUGUUUGUGACGCCGCCGCACUACUGCCCUUAGUGUCGGAGAGCGCGCUGCUACCCUCUCCCAAUAAUAACGACCCCUUUGAGCCUUUGCAGCCGUCCGCUUUAAAAGAGCGGCACUUUCCUUGUCGCGAGCUUCCUUGUGUGGAUGACCUGAGUUUGACGCCAGUUAGCUCCAACACGUCCACGCGGUACAUCCCCAAUGUGCAGUUUCCUUUGGGGGAGAUUUUGAUGAAGACUGCCAUGACAUCCACAGACCCCAGUCCUUACGGGAACCCUAGUACAGCUGUAGCCGUAGCAGCUAACGUUGCCGCCAGCGCAGUGGAAGCGGCCUAUGAAGAAGGCCUAGCCAGGUUGAAGGCACGGGCGUUUGAACGUCUUGAGCUGGAUGAAAGGAUGGAGAAGCUGUCUGAAGAGGUGGAGCAGAAAAUAGCGGCUCGUGUAGGCCGUCUUCAGGCCGAGCUGGAGAGGAAGAGCUCUGAGCUGGAACGCGCCAAGCAGGAGAGCGACCGGCUGAGCCAGGAGAAACAAGACCUGGAGGACAAGGCCUUGGAACUCUCUCGGCAGGUGGACGUCUCCGUGGAAAUGCUCGCCAACCUAAAACAAGACCUGGUGAACAAGGAGGCCGAGCUCAGCCACAAGCAGCAGGAGGUCGCGCAGAUCGACCAGUUCCUGCAGGAAACUGCGGCACGAGAAGCCAACGCCAAAAUUCGCCUGCAGCAGUUCAUCGAGGAACUGUUGGACCGCGCCGACCGGGCUGAGAAACAGCUCCAGAUCAUCAGCAGCUGCGGCACUACGCCAAACGGCAGUCUCGGGCGCUGCAGUCUUCAGGGAUCAAAGGGCAACGGACACCAGAGAAACUCCAGCAUCUCUGGAAGCACAAGGGGCAUCUACCAAGCAUCCGAACGACGUUCAUCUCCCAGUACGGGAGCAUCGGGUCGGGUCAAGUCGGUCUCACAGGGUUCCGGCGGAUACGACAGCGACAGUGUGGAGAUGCACCCGAUGGACGAGUGCCCCGAGGCUCAGUACUACCACAUGCAGUGCCGCCUGACCGAGGGCGCUUACGACCGCUCCCCGGGCUGCGGCGGCGGCGGCGGUUCGAGGAACUGGGGCCUCCGCAAGCAGGCCAUCCAGAACUGGCAGCGCCGGCCCUACAGGAACAGCACCGAAGGCGAGGAGGGAGACAUGUCCGACGUGGGCUCUCGGACGGCCGAGUCGGAGGUGGACAUGUGGGAGCAGGAGAGGAGAGCAGUGGCCGAAGUCCAGCAGUGCGGCGCCCCCUAUCCAUACCACAGCAGGGCUGGGUAUCGACCUAACGCAGGUCGGUCUGAAGGCGUCUACAGCAAACCCUGCCGCCAUGAGAAGAGCCCGUCCAAAUCCAACGAGGUGAUCAGCCCCGAGAUCCUGAAGAUGCGCGCUGGCUUAUUCUGUAUCUUCACCUACCUGGAUACUAAAACCCUGCUAAGAGCGGCGGAAGUCUGCAGAGAUUGGAAGUUUGUUGCUCGCCACCCGGCCGUGUGGACCAGACUUCUGCUGGAAAACGCCCGCGUUUCUUCCAAGUUGCUGGGAACGUUGUCUCAGUGGUGCACUCAGACGCACUCGCUCAUCCUGCAGAACCUUAAACCUCGACAGCGUGGAAAGAAGGAAAGCAAGGAGGAAUACUUAAAAAGCACACGUGGCUGUCUGGAGGAAGGACUGGAGGCGCUGCUGAAGGCCACAGGAAGUAACCUGCUCAUACUAAAGAUUUCACAUUGUCCCAACCUGCUGACGGACCGCUCCCUCUGGCUGGCCAGUUGCUACUGCCGAGCUCUGCAGGCUGUCACUUACAGGAGUGCCACAGACCCAGUAGGCCAGGAGGUCAUCUGGGCCCUCGGCGCAGGUUGUAGAGACAUCAUCUCCCUGCAGGUGGCGCCACUACACCCAUGCCAACAGCCGGCUCGGUUUAGCAACAGAUGCCUGCAGACUAUCGGGAGAUGCUGGCCACACCUCCGAGCGCUCGGCGUGGGCGGCGCAGGAUGUGGCAUUCAGGGGCUGGCCUCGCUGGCAAGGAACUGCAUGCGCCUUCAAGUGCUCGAAUUGGACCAUGUGAGCGAAAUCAACCAGGAGGUGGCAGCAGAGGUCUGCAGGGAAGGCCUAAAGGGCCUGGAGAUGCUGGUGCUCACCUCCACACCAGUCACCCCCAAAGCUCUGCUCCAUUUUAACAGUGUGUGCCGCAACCUGAAAUCUAUCGUGGUCCAGAUUGGUAUCGAAGAUUACUUUGAGGACCCGAACAGUCCAGAGGCCAGAAAACUCUUUGAUGAGAUGGUAAACAAGCUACAGGCGUUGAAGAAAAGGCCGGGCUUCUCCAAAAUCCUCCACGUGAAAGCGGACAGUCUCUGCUAACAUCGUUUCCUGCGGAUCGUGUAAAGAGACGCCACCGCCCCGGCUCCAUCCAGUCGGAAAGUGUGUGUGGGAGGGGGUAAGAGAGCGUGUCGUAACACUAGAACGCCUUGUAUAAGGAGACACUUGUUUCUUGUUUGGGGGGGGAAUCAAACCAGCCGGACGUGACAUUAGUCCCCAAAGUGGUCCACACCUCUCCUUUUGGAUUCUCUCGAAAAGUUUGGAGCCGUGUUACAGACCGCCUGACAGGUGACUUGGUGGGAGGCAGCACAUUCUUGAGACCUCGCCCUCAGAAGCCAACUACUUCCUGCACAAAAAAAUGCAGCUACUUCCUGGCAUGGCAGUGUCGCAUUCCUCUCCUGUUAUCUAAUGCCAACAUAACGGAUCCCCUUUAUUUUUCUUCAUGCUCUCCGAGAGAACGGUUCUCGGCGCCCCCGAUGCUGGAUCCAUUUACUCUCCAAACUGGUGCCAUUCGUGUCUGUCCGCGUUGCAUUGUGCGUUUUUAUCCGACGUGCCAUUACUGUGGGGAUAUUUCUUGAAUGGGAACAUGCACAGACUCGUAUCAUCGUGUCCUCAUCACAAUGUAUGUUCUUGCUGAUUUUUCAACAUGGAGAACAGUGCCAGUCACAGCCAAGCCUUUGUGGCGCCCUCUGCUGGUCUUUUUUUUAAGCCACUCAUUGAUUUUCCAUGCUAUAUUGUGCGUGAAUGCUGAGAGAUGAUGUUGAAACAAAACUCCAAAGAAAUUAAGACUAAGGGUCUGAUCUACUAAAGGUCUGCGUGUGGUAAAACUUGUGCAAACUCGAUAGCGCUGGCUAAACCGAUCUAAACUUAAAGACGCAAUUUUAUUGUUUGUCUUCAUGAAUACCGUAUUUCCUUUAAUUGCCGCCGGGGCGCUAAUUAAUUUAAAACCUCUUCUCACUCCUGCGCUAACCAGAGGCGUGCGGUAAAAGUAAGCAUGCGCUAAUUAUUUUAAAACCUCUUCUCACCCCGGCACUUACCAAAGGUAUGCAGUAAAAAUUUGAGUGUGAUGUAAGCUUGGACCUUAAAUCCUACUGAAUAGCUCUUAAUCUUCUUCCCUUUAUGCGAUUUUUCAAAUUACCUGUAUUGAAAUCAGCCUCCUCCAUUUUGAAAAUGAUGACAGGGGAAGUGUCACUCGUGACGUCACAAGUUUGACCAGGCAGUAAUACUAAGCAUGCGCUAAUGAUUUUGGGAAGCAAGUAUGACCCGGCAGUAAUUCAAGGCAGGCUACAUGCCCUGCGGCAAUUCAAGGAAAUACGGUAUGCAGAAUAUGUGCUCAACCCAAAAUGUCCACAAUACUGCAAGGAGAAAAUGAAAAAUAGAAUAACAUAUCAUGGGGCAGUGUUAUUUAUCAAUGCUAAAACUGUUCUGCGGGCGCUAUUUUGCGUUUUUAUUUAGCACGUCUAAAAUCUACACACAAUCUGGCACAGUUACUGUACACACUGCUGCGAGGAAAUAUGUGAUGGCACUGCAACGCAGACAAUGGACAAAGAGUUGUCCGUCCUAAGUGUGUGUCAGCAAAAAUUGGGACUGUCUGUGUGGCGAUCUAUCCUUUCACUUGCGUUGUGUUUAUUUCCCGUCAGCGCUCAUUUUGAUUUCCAUUUUCUGCAUCUCUCCUCUGAGCGCUCGUUUCCCUCACCUGUUCCUGCACCUGCUUGCAGUUGCCAAUCAGGCUGCUAUUUAACCCUGCCUCACCUGUUCCUCAGUGCUCGAGGAUUCUGUCAUGAACACACAUGGCUGCAGUAGUUGUGACUCCAAGAUGCAGGAACCAGGAGAGCGACGUGCAGGUAAGAGAUUUUAAUGCUCACAAAUAAUA